CAAAAUGGCUACCAUGGCUACAAUCGUGCACUCAAAAAGUUUCGAGAGGUAUAAUAAGGCUAAACUGCGCAGAAUAAAGCUGGAAAAUGACAAACAAAUAAGGAGAAGUGCAGUCAAAUAGCCCUUUUAGAAACACUAUUAGGGAAUUUGAUAAGGAAGAAUCUGAGCAAAUAAAAUAAUUCAGUGGUAAUCACUAAGUAUCACAAUCCAUACCAGGAUUAUGUUAAUAAAGGAAGAACUCAUCGAAGUCCUAUCACCCUCAGUCGAUAUACUCCUUUCAAACAAGAAGAUAAGCUAAAAGAGCAGGAGAUUAUCAGCCAAAAUCUUAAAGCUAGUGAUAGCCAGGAAAUUAUUAAUCAGCUGAGGGAAAUCAACAGUUCGGAAGACCUUCACCAGGCAAGCCAAGUAAAAGAGAUUAUGAGACAAGAGACCAAAUAAAAUUGUUUCUGAAAUGAGAAUUCAAGGAGAAAUCAGUGAUAUCUUCAAUAAGCCAAUAAAGGGCAAGAAGUCUCAGAUAAUUAGAACUGGGCAUAGAAAUCUUACCUUUAAAAGAUGGCUCAGGAGUAAAAAGAAGAAGCUUGUUAAGAAUCAUAAACAUUUGAUCAAGUCUAUUUCAGCUUCUAAGCUUACUGUUGCAAAAAUCAAAGAGUAUUUGAAUGAACAUAGAAUCGAGUCAGACAAGAUUCACUCAUUCAAUAUGGUUAAGUUGAACGAGAACCUCUAAAAGCAAUUGAUUGUGCUGUCUCUCAGAAAUUCCAUGAAACUAAGCAAAAAGCGAGUCGGAACAUAACAGUUUCUCUAUGCCAAAUGGAUCAAUUCAUCAAGACCCAACAAAAAUAAACAAUUCGACGGUCUGAGAUUAAUAGACAACAAGGCAAUCCUCAGAAAGGUAUUCCGCCCCAAAAACAUUCUCAAAACCACCGAUCAUGAAGUCCUCUCUAUAAACUCAAACGAUAGCAGUGACUCCAACUCUGCCUUUAGAGAGGAGCUUAAGCAUAGUAUUCCAAAAAUCACUGAUAUUCUGUACUCAAAAUCUAAAACCCAAAGAGCUUAUUCCCUUCAGAGAAGGAGCAAGUUCCUUCAAUCUUCUUCAAGAAAGACCAAAAAGGUUAAGCCUAAGAAUAAGCAUCUGCAGAAGGUCUUCACUAAGAUCUCUCUUCUCAGGAUUGAGGAUUUACCAGAGGUCCCCUCUGGUCAGUCUCAAGGAGAAUAGUAGUAGUAAAAGCUUCAGUGCUAGUAGUAAAGGCUAAGAACAGUUUGGUUUAGAGAAGGAGGAUAGAAUGAAUUGAAAAUUUCUGGGCUGAAUACUUGCUCUAUCACCUUAUCCCUUCCUCUAGAUCCUACCAGCAUCACUACAGUAAAAUUCAAGAAUUUAUAGCUAAAGCUGCUAGACUGCAUCAU